AUGUCUGUGGUGUUGGCGCCGCCACUGCCGCUGCUGCUGCUGCUGCUGCUGCUGCUGCUGCUGCUGCUGCUGCUGCUGCUGCUGCUGCUGCUGCUGCUGCUGCUGCUGCUGCUGCUGCUGCAGGACUGGGAUGAGGAGCCGCAUGCGGAGCGAGUGGGCGUGGAUGGAGGCGGCGACUGCCGGCGCCUGCAGCGGCACCAGGCCAAUCAGCGCGCCAAGCAACGGCUGCUGCACGAGUACCAUGGGAGGUUAUAG